AUGAGUAGUGUCCCAAAAUCGCCGAGUCCCAAUGAUAUCUCUCUUGAAUCGACGUCGUCAUUUCGCCAAAUUUCGAGUGAUGCCCCCUCCGUUGAAUUACGCUUUGAUCGACCUGAUGAGCUUUCUGUGUCCAUUGAUCCCUCUGAAUGGCGUCUUCAUCACGAAAGACAGAAGCUUCAACUCUUAGCCAUGCUCUCACAAAUCGCUCGCUAUCAGGAUUUGAUUAGUCGUUUAACGAAUCUAACUAGCGGUCUGGAUAUGAGCGACACAGUUAGUCACUUAAAUGAUGUUGGGCAACGCAUCACGGAGAUUAAUCUUCGUCUUCUUUCGUUAAAAAAUGCUUAUGAAACUAUUUAUAACCUUGAAGAUGCCUCGGAUGAAUACAAGGCUAGUCAACUCAAGGAUCUACGUGGCUUCCUGAUUAGUCUCGGUCGAAGCCUGGAAAUGACCAAAGAAUGCUUCUUUACAAUUGCGGGGAUUAUCAAGGGAGCUCUUCAAAACCAAUCCGAUAAUGAGCCUACUCAGCCCUCGGAAGAGCUGUGCAAAACCGAAGUGACCUCCACAGCACCUGCUCGUGAUAAAAUAUUUGUACUAUUGUUGACACUUUGUUUUGUAACUGCAGCUGAUGCCUCUACCUCAGAAUCAAAAUCAUCUCAAUCUACUGCUGUUGCUGCUGCAGUCGAACAGCAUUCAACUAAAAGUCAGCAGGAAAUGGAACUCACUAUUUCCCAACUCUCUGAACAACGUGAUAGACUUAUCAAGCAGUUGGCCGAGGCUAGAGCUAAAGUUAAUGGCAUUGAUUCAUCACCGCCAAAAGUUGAGGAUACUUCAAAAUCUAAAACGAUAUUUACGUAUUUCAUCAGCCCCUUAAUUCACUCCUCUAGAUGGGGAAGCUCCGAUGUUGCUCCCGCAGAAGGUGGAGAUGAUUCUCUUCCCAUUUUAAAGCGUCUCCAAGCCCGGAAGGAACAUCUAGAGCAAUUGCGAGGGGAAUUGCAUUCCUUCGAUUUCUCCAAUUCCGAUGAAGUGUCACCUUUGAAAGCCAGUACUUCAAGGCCCGCAACUUCAUCGGCCUCUAUUAAGGCAAGUUCUUACUUUAUUUCUGCCUAUCCGCUCACGUCUGGUAAAUCAAGGUUCUUGAAUGCAAAUUAUUUGAUUUUGAUCACUACACCUUCAUCACGUUCACGGACAUCAAAUCGUUCCGAGGAGAACGUCGCCAACCAAAGCCUGGAUGACCGUUUGGAUGAAUCGCUACCGACCACUUUCUCUGGCCUCGAACUCUCAACCCCACCGUCAACUCUUCGCAGUAAUCAGCUGGUCUCCAUCGCAAGUAGUGACAGCGAUCCAACCACUCAGAAAGGUGAAGCUGUCACCUUUCAGGAACCAGAAGCAACUUACUUAGACAACACAGAACGACUUUACAAGAGCAUGCGCGAGGCACGAAUAUGGCGAGAGGAGCAUCGUAAUACUUCCGAUAUCCCCCUGGACUCUUCUAUUGUAGCAACAUCAGGAGACAAGGGCACAGAUGAGGGUGAUGAUAAGGUGCUCAACGGCACUAAUCGGUCUUACAGAAGUUGUACUGGGGAAGGAGGGGGUCUUUCGGAGUCCGCUUCCUGCAUGGACGCUACUGCAAUGGCAACCUGGGGUGGCUCAUCGAACCGUGAGGAGGAGGAGGAUGGGCAGAAUGUUGGGGAAGAAGAGGAGUACACUGAGGAUAUUCCAAGUGUUGUCUCCUCACGAAGUAGACGUUUUCUCAAUUCCAGUAUGAGCUCCAGUACCCACCGUGAGUGUCUCGGAAUCCGCACUACUACAGAAUCCCGGGAGUCAUCAUCUGGAAUAGGUAUGAGGAUGCCCCAUUUGGGACACUCACCUUCCCCACGAAAUAGCGAUGGAAAAAGGACUACUUCAAGACCUUCUGCGGCACAAUCAGCGAGGAACUCGCUUCCUUAUCGUCGACAGACUGAACGGUUCACGAUCCAAUCCAAUAGUCAUAACGAUACGUCCAAUAUUUCGCUCGGUGGUUCAGCUAGUGAUAUUUUCUUAAGGGGUCUCGCAGAGAAAAUGGCCAACUUGGAGUUUAAGUUGGAGCAGCUGACCCAAACCUGCAACCUCCUAGUGACGGAGAACGCUCGCAUGAGCUCCUACUUCUACUCCGCUCAACAGAAUAGAACUUCUGCUCCACUGGCACUACAUCAGCCUCAGUGCACAGCAGAUUGGUCUUUCUUCUCCAGUCCACCACCACCUCCUCCUCCACAACAACAGCCUCUACUCACCAUAUCAACCAGCGGACUUUUCGCCUCACCAUAUCGACCACCUGCUGAGAGUCUCAGUGGACUCUCGUCGGUUCAUUCUCUCGCCCCGGCACCACCUACUCCCACGCUGCAGCAUGGUGACAAGUACACAGAUCAAAUUCAGAUACUGGCUGCAGAGGUUAUCGAGCAACGCUCUCGUAUGAAUCAACUUCAGAACAAACUGCAAGCAGCACUUCAACAACAACAGCAAAGCCAAUUUGUUGCUGCUGCGGCUGCUGAUAUAGUAGUACAGCCGUCGACCUAUGCUGGAGCCCCAACCAAUGGAAUCCAUCGAGGCCAAACUUAUUCGAGGUCAUCUCUCACCAACUUUUUCUCCCCCCUGGCUAUGCAAGCUGCCGCCCAGUUGCAAGCAACUUCCGAUCAUAUCACCGGCGGUGGUGCUAAUCCACGAACCCCAAACUAA